AUGGUGAACUGGUUAGACCCCACUGUACUUGCUAACGACGCUUCGGCCAACGUCAAGUUACUACACGUCGUCGACGGUCUUUACAUAUGGGAGUUCUUCACCACUCUCAAUUACGAAUGGAGCUUUGUCUCGGGUCGAAGGAAGGCGCGAUGGACGAUAUGGGUCUACGUUGGCUGCCGCUGGUUCACGCUCGCUUCUGUUGUGACUAACCUCGUCGGGUUCAACGUCACGUCUCCCAUCAACUGCCAGGCAUGGAUCGUCGCACUUCUCGUCUUCUCUUACUUCUCUUUUGCAUUCGCCUCUUUCCUUGUCGUCCUCCGCUCGAUAGCAAUCUGGGAGCGAAGACUUCCUGUUUCGUGUUUGGUCAUGGGUAUUUGGUUGACGGAGAUUGCGUUCCUUAUUCAUGGCGUGACGGAGGGCAAAGCCAUCUGGCUCCCCGACGAAAACACCUGCGAUGUUCUCAACACUGAAAAAGCCCGUAAUAAUGUUAUCGCAACGCUUGCCACAGAUGUUUCCCUCCUUUCUAUCAUGCUUGUGGGUCUGCUUAGGAAGAGGGGCGCGGGAAUGUUUCCGUUGUGGAGGAUGUUGUAUCAUCAGGGUCUGGCGUGGAUCGCGCUCGCUGCGGUGGCUGAGAUUCCACCAGUGACCUUCCUCUCUUUGAACCUCAAUCCUGCCCUCAACAUAAUGUUCCAAACUCCGGCGAUGAUAAUCAUGACAAUUGCAACGACACGCAUCUACCGUGGUCUUUCCAACUUUGCUAGCUCGAAUUUGCACCACUUUGACAACUCAGACCACUCCCGCCACCACUCAUCGCCCACACCUCACGACGUUCUACAUAUGCGUCCGCGUAAUCAUAGUCGAGAUCGGGACCAGGACUCCAGCGCCUUCGAUAGCCCGAACCACCACUGUGGGUUCAGCGGGGCUAAGAGCCGGGGCCCAGUAGAAGUGACGGUGCAUAACACUUGUCGUGUUUUCGAACAUGACGAUAAAAGUGAGACGAAUUCGAAGGAGCAGGGUAUGGUUGUGGGUGACGAGGAAAUGGCGUUAGGGACGAUAGGCGCGAAGGAGGCUGCGCCUGGGACGAUGACUGUGUGA